GAAGAUAACACUCUGACCCACGAGCAAAUACGACAUAUCAUCGCAAUCAGAAUAUCUCGGUAAUACCGAGAGGGGGCGUGUGAUUCAACAAUAGCCGCCGAUAAAUAGUUUUGUUUAAUUUUUUUACUUAUAAAAUGUAGUAACCGAAAUAAAUUCAGAUAAUAGUGCAGAGUCCUGGCUCAGCAUCGAAUUGACGACAACUUUGGUCUAAAAGAAAUGGGGAAAUUCAAAAACUGUGUGUUUCACAUUGCCAAUGAACGGCAUUGCUAUUUGCCCGGUGAAAAGAUUGAAGGUAAAUAAAUUCGUGUGAUAACAUUUACUAGAUUUAUAAGAGAGACGUUACAAUGUAUCACAAAUAAUAAAUCUCUAGGUUACGUAUGUGUGGCUGUAACGCUGUGUUUUCAAUAGGCGCGCGAAAUAAAAUGUUCCCUCUAAGUUAGAACUAAUAAAGAUCAAUACUCAAAAAGGUCGAGAUUCAAUCUCUUAGGACCUUGGCCGUGAAACAUAGCCCAGUAGUCCCUGGGGACUCCGGCCAUGCAACUCGGCCCAGAGUAAAUAGGGGUUGGGACAGCUUUACUUCCUCUCCGGAGAUGACGUUGCGUUGCCACCUCCAACGCCCGGGAGCUGUACGUUUUCCUUGGUGUGGGACGGCUUUGCUUCCACUCCGAAGAUGACGUUGCGUUGCCACCUCCACCGCCCGGGAGCUGUACGUUUUCCUUGGUGUGGGACGGCUUUGCUUCCACCCCGGGAGUAGUUGCUGGCUUACUGUCUCCCACCGUCCCCAAGAGUUGUGCGAGCAAGUUUGGUUCCCAACAAUUUGUUUCCCCCCCCCCGGGGAGGCGUUGCCUUGCCUCAAACCCGCGUUUCUCCGGGAGCGUUUCGGACUGGACUGUGCAGGGGUCAGAACGGCUUUAACUUCCUCUCCGGGGGGGAGGGGGGGGGAGGCGUUGCGUUACCUCAACCCACCGCUCUGGGAGCUGUUCGGGCUUGGACGUUGCGAGGACGAAACGGAUGCUUAUUCAUAAGUGCAUUAUAUUUCAGUGCGUGUUUUGUCAAGUAUUUUAGUAGAUGGGACGUUCACCAUUGUUUGGUUGGGGGGGGGGGGGGGGUUNGGGGGGGUUACUUUCUAGAAAGAACAAUAGUUUUCUUGUACAAACACAAAAAAGAACUUCGCUUUAAUUGGUAAGAUUAAAUUGAUAAGAUUAAAUUGAUAAGAUUAAAUUGAUAAGAUUAAAUUGAUAAGAUUAAAUUGAUAAGAUUAAAUUAAAUUGGUAAGAUUAAAUUGAUAAGAUUGUGGUAUUAAAUUUUGAUAUGGCUGUUGAUUUUCACAUGAUACUCAUUAAUAAAGAUAGGGUAAAUUGUAUUUUUUUAAAAAUGAAACUUUGAAAAUGUCUCGAAUGAAUGUUGUUUCUCCGAUUAAGCCGAUGUCCUGCCCUAGAUUGUGUUAUCUACAAUGCCAAUUUUACAAUAAAUCUAUAGACAUGUGUCAGAAAUCAAUGAAUUAUUUCAUGUCGUCAAGGGAACCACCGCCAAUCAUUGCGACAACCACCGUGGCAUUACAUCACUGCUCUCAAUUGCAGGCAAGAUAUUAGCCAGAAUCUUGCUCAAUCGUCUUAAUAAGCAUCUUGAAAAUGGUUUGCUGCCAGAAAGUCAAUGUGGUUUCCGGAAGGUAUCAGGACACAUCGAUAUGGUGUUUGCGGCCAGACAGCUACCGGAAAAGUGCAGGGAACAAAAUGUUGACCUCUUCUUUACCUCUGUAGACCUGACCAAAGCUUUCGACACUGUCAGUAGAGAGGGACUUUGGAAGAUCACGGCCAAAUAAGGAUGUCCCAGAAAGUUCGUGUCAAUGGUACGACUAUUCCAUGAAGGUAUGCAGGCUAGAGAUCGGGAUGAUGGAGAGACAUUCAAACCAUUCCCUGUAACAAGCGGCGUUAAACAAGGCUGUGUACUUGCCCCAACACUUUUCAGCCUCAUGUUUUCCGCAAUGCUGACCAAUGCAUUCAGAGAGGGAGACGCUGGAGUUGGCCUCAGAUACCGAACUGGCGGUAAUCAAUUCAACCCCAAGAGGCUACAUGCCAAAGCGAAGGUCCUGACAGACACCAUCAGGGACCUCCUGCAUGCAGACGACUGGACCCUAAAUGCUGUAUCAGGAUUAAAAAUGCAACGCUGUGUCACAAGCUUUUCUAAUGGCUGCACAAACUUCGGGCUCACAAUUAACACACAAAAAAACUGAGGUCAUAUACCUACUAGCUCCUCGAAGCCCGUAUGUUGAGCCCAACAUCCAAGUACAUGGCGAAAGAUUUAAGUUGGUGAAAUGCUUUUCUUAUCUCGGAAGCACACUGUCCCAAAGCGCAAAAUCGAUGACGAGGUUAACCUCCGUAUUGCGAGAGCCAGUGCCACCUAUGGAAGAUUGACUAAGAACGUAUGGACCAGGAGAGGUAUCAGCAUUCAAACUAAACUGAAAGUAUAUCAGGCGACUGUUCUCCCUACGCUUCUCUAUGCCUGUGAAGCGUGGAUGGUCUACCAACGCCAUGCAAGAUUGCUGCACCACUUUCAUAUAACAAGACUCAGAAAAAUCCUCUACAUUAUGGCAGGACAGGGUCCCAGACACUGAGGUGCUCGCACGGGCAGGUCUCCCCAGCAUCUUCACCAUCUUAAUGAAGUCCCAGCUUCGCUGGGCGGGACAUGAUGUAAGAAUGUCAGAGGACCGUCUGCUCAAAAGAAUUUUCUAUGGUGAGCUUGAACAAGGAAAGCGGUUUCCUGGCGGGCAGAAAAAAAACACUUUAAAGACAACAUAAAAGCCUCAACAUAAACCCAGACACGUGGGAGGAAAAAGCAAAGGAUCAAACUUCAUGGCGUUCCACUUUACACAGGAGCUCCAUGGGACAUGAAGUUGGCAGAACAGCGGCUGCUGAGCGCAAGAAACAUGCCAGGAAGGCCCGGUCUGGCUUUGCUCCCGGAGAUGCGCCAUCAUUCCCUUGUACCUACUGCAUAAGAGAAUUUCGUGCCAGAAUCGGACCCAUGAGCCAUCGGCGCACCCACAGACAGAACCAGCACAAGCUCUGAUGGUUAAAGUGGUCAUGGUCGACUCCCGACUGAUGAACAACCAAUCAAUGUGUUAUUUCAUGUGUCUGUAAUCAAUGUGUUAUUUCAUGUGUCGAUAAUCAAUGUGUUAUUUCAUGUGUAUAUAAUCAAUGUGUUAUUUCAUGUGUCUGUAAUCAAUGUGUUAUUUCAUGUGUCGAUAAUCAAUGUGUUAUUUCAUGUGUCAAUAAUCAAUGUGUUAUUUCAUGUGUCUUUAAUCAGUGAGUUAUUUCAUGCCUUUAUUUCAUGUUUCUUUGUGUGUUAACUUAGACUUGGAAUUAAUCUCAUGUUUUUUUUUAAAUUUCAACUCAGGUAAAGUGUCCAUUGAACUCGCCAAAAAAAUUCGAAUCAGUGGCGUCUUCAUUAACCUGUUUGGGGGCUGCCAAAUCAACAGGUACGGAGAUGAUUCAGACAUCGGAUCUGAAACCUACCUCAGCAUGCACACCUCUGUUUUCGGCAACGAACCCAAGGAAGCAGCGGGAAAUUACUCUCUCACCGCAGGACAAAACGUCUUCGAUUUUUCCUUCAUUCUUCCAACAACCGGGCUUCCCUCGUCAUUUGAAGGCCAAUACGGCUGCAUCAGGUACUGGCUCAGGCUGAACCUUGAGCUCCCGUUUUCAAAACUGGAUAAGACGUGGACCCACUACAUUUCUGUUGUGUCUAGAAUCCCCGUGCACACACCGCAAGGUUUGCUGCCUGUGACCGCCUGGAACCAGAAACGCGUCAAGAUCGAAAAGGUUGGCGACAUCGGCAUGAUCGUAUUAGAUGCCUCAAUUAAUAAGUCCUCAUUCUGUCCAGGGGAGACGAUUCUUGUUGACCUGGUAGUCAAGAAUGAGACCAACAAAGAUGUGGGUGUGGUCAGAGUGACUCUCUUGCAGAAAGUCACGUAUUCUACAGGAGGGUUUAUUCAUGGCUCUACUCCCAAAGAUCUGAGAACCAUCCAGUCAUUGGCACUUCUCGCGGGUCAAGUGAUACGCUGGGAGGGCGAGCCGCUUGAGAUUGAUCUAGUUCCGCCCAGCAGCAGUACUCCCAACAGCAGCCGUCUGCUGAACGUGCAGUACGAUGUCAAAAUAACUGUGGAGGUUCCUUUUGAGUCCAACCUUGACCUUCGCCUGCCAAUCACAAUAGGAACGGUAACCCCAAGCGGGGUGAGCUUCGUCAAGUGUUCCGAUGGGUUCUCCAAGUUCCCAUACUGCAACGGCAAUUAUGAAGUCACCGAUUACGUCCCAAGCACAGUUUGCAUUGAUAUCAGCGAAGGUGGUACAGAAAGAACUCGCGCAGCCCGGUGUCAAUCGGUCGAGGAUAACCAAGAUGGAUAUCGUCUAGGGGAUCAAACCAUGAAGCUGUUAGGACCGUCAGGGCAUCUUGAAGGGGUUGCCAUUGACAGGCAUCAAAUCAGUGGAAGUCAGCACAUCAAUGGUGCCAGUGCUUUCCCAAACAAUCUGAUGGAAGACGCGCCUCCAAGUUACGAUGAAGUAGUCGGUGGCGCCAGGGUUUCUUUCAUGCAAACCUCCGGGGGGGCACUGCCCCCACGGAGCAAGCCAAGUGCCCCCCCGAAAGAAAAUGUGUAAGAAAAAAUAUUAAUAAAAUUAAAAUUUAUAAUUUUAAAAAAAAAUUAUAACAUUUGUAAAAGUAAUCUAAAUGUGUGCCUAUCGUCGAUUACAAUGAAUGGAACCAGUCAAAUAUCGCUUUGAUCGAUAUAUCUAUUGGUGAUCCAUAGCGUUUAGGUUAAUCUUGUUACAGGCUCACAGAAUUCGAUUAUAAAUUAAUAUCAUUUUGUUUUCAAAUUGGCUGCUCCUGAUAAUGAGCCAAAAUUGUACUUUUCUUAUUCGCAUUUAUCGUUAUUUGUAUUUAUUUAUAUUUUGAAGAUGCACAAGUUGAAAGACUUUAAAAGCACUGUAUUAAACUACCUUUACAUCGAUAAAAAUGUCUAUAAAUUGAAUAUAUUUAUUGCUUAGUAAUUAAUAUGUGCCAUAUGUUUUCAAAUUAUAUUUCAUCAUAAAAGCAUGACGGUUAAAUUAGAGAUGAGUGUUAAUUAGAAGAUUAUAAUAGCAUCAUGCUUUUUUUUUUUAAAAUCAUUUUAGCUAGCAUUUUAAACUAGUAGAUUCCUUACAUGUACAUUGAGUUAGAUCAAAUGAAAACUUUAAAAAAAAAAAAAAAAACAAAAAAAAAAAACAUAAAAAAUAAAAUUUUUUUUUUUAAAAUCAUUUUAGCUAGCAUUUUAAACUAGUAGAUUCCAUACAUGUACAUUGAGUUAGAUCAAAUGAAAACUUUAAAAAAAAAAAAAAACACACAUAAUAAAGACCUAAAAAAUAAAGAUACCGAUACAUUAAAACAAAAAAAUUGGCAUUUAUUGAUUGCAUACAAAUAGUGGGCGAUUCCUUUAUUAUUAUUAAAAUCGAGUGGGUUUCUAAUUUUGUAGCACAGUUUUUGGAACAACAGAGUAAAAUGAUUUUUUUUUUUAAUACUUAGCCUUUAUUUAUUAAAUCCCCAACAAAUUUUCUCUGUUCAAUUUGAGAAUAAAUAAACAAUCUUCCCCAGCUUUUUGAACUAUUUAAAAAAAUUCAUUUUCAGAUGAUAAUCCAUUAGAAAGAAUAUACAUAUUUAAACAACAUUGUUUGUUUGUUUUUUUUAAAUGUAGUUUUUCGAUUAUCUUGCAAAUGACAAUUUUGGUUGCAGUUAAAAAUAAAUUCCGUGGAAUUGGUAAAAAAAUGUUUUAGAGUAUAAUCUCGAAGAGGCACGUUGUAAUUCAUCUGAAGCAAAUAAUAAUUGCUUGAAAAUCUAACUUAACAUUUCAAUCAACUGAAUAUUGAAAAUUUUAACUUUAUUUGUGUACGAUUUCCUUCAUAAAAACAUCACAUUUGUAUAAAUAGAUGACGUCUUUUGUAAACAACUCAUGUCUUCUCAAACAUUGUGUCGGUUACAUUUCAUUUAUAAAUAAAUACCAAUUUUGAAAACCCAUAAAAAUGUAUCGCCCUUUCUACAGACAAACUUUUUUUUUCUUUGUUGACUUUGGUAAAAAAACUUGGAAAUAUUUAGAAAUAAACGUAUGUUUUGCAUUU